AUGUCUACAGCCGCAGUGCCACAGUCAUCCGGGUUGAGUAUAUCCAAAGAGCACUUCCUGGUGGCAGUCCCGGUGGCGCUGGUUGCUGGUGUGGGUGGGUUCCUGGUCAGUCGGUACCUGCAGAAGAGCUGCAGUAAGAAGGACCAGGUGAACCGCACCAUCGACAAAGACAGCCCCAAAGUGGUGCACAGCUUUGACAUGGAGGAUAUCGGCUCCAAGGCGGUCUACUGUCGCUGCUGGAAGUCCAAGAAGUUCCCGUACUGUGACGGGGCCCACGCCAAACACAACGACGAGACCGGGGACAACGUGGGACCUCUCAUCAUCAAGAAGAAGGACCCGUAG